AUGGCAUCGCCGCUUCACCGCCAUCAAUCAUCGCUUGAAAACGUUAUCAACUUUUCUCGAGAACCACUCUUGGAGACAGAGCUGCGCGACCAUGCCAGUCGUAGAUUCUACAGCAUCUGCGAGCACUUUGAUACCGGGCUGCCUCAGGGAGAUUUUAGCCACCCUCGGCUUGUUCGUUACACCUAUACAUAUUCACUUUCUCCAGAAUCUGGCGAUCACUUCCUACGCGCUUUCUUUAAAGCUGUUGGGCUUCCGAUUCGCGGAGAUGACGCUAUUAGUUUGGAAGAUAUCCGCUCGAAAUUCUUCGAAUUUGGAGACUAUCUUUUUACUAAUUUCUUCUUGCCCGUCAAGGCUUCUACAAGGAAGACCCCGCAGCCCUCACCCGCUUUAUAUUCUGCUGUCCAAGAGGCACAAGGUAGUAGCAGGCAACAGUAUACCGGAACCGGACCACGAUUAUCAAUCCUUCGGAGAGACUGUCUUAUCCGUGAUCGUCAUCGCUAUAUAAUAUCACGAAGAUUUGAUUUCAAUAAAGCGAUGAAACGACGUCGUACUUUAGGUGGCCCUCGAGACGAUAAUAGUAAUUUAAUAGCUAACGAUCCAAUUGAGCCGGAUCAGCUAAAAGUAGCACAUAUCCUUCCACACUCCCUUACGAAAGUAAAUCAGAUUGGUAAACUGGAUACUUCUAAACAAUCUGCGCUUACAAUAUUGAAUAUGUUCGACGUGGGUGUUGCGGAACUUAUCCAAAGCCCCGAAAUUGACCGGCCGUACAAUGCCCUUACUCUAACUUACCAUUUUCAUCAAUUGUUUGGCGAUUUCUAA